AGCAAGUCGGAAGCGUUCGUACCAGCGAGGCGGCGGCGGCGGCAGCGACAGCGGCAGGGGCGGGCAGGAAGGGAGCGGGAAGGGCUGGCCAGGGAAGGUUGCACUCUCCCCGCUCCCUGCGACCGGCGGGGGAGCGCGAUCAGGGUGCGGAGCCUCGACACUGCACCGCCCUGGAUUUCAUUCCGCGGCGGGGGGCUCGGCCAGCGGAAUUUCGGCGGCGGCCGCGCCUCCGUUGCAAGGCAAGUUCAGCAUGAAUGACCCCUGAACUGCCUCUGGGCAUCUGUAGCCAUUCGUCUUUGUGUAGGAGAAAGAAGACGGCCAUCUACUUCAAAGGCAAAGCUUCAGUGACUGAAGGAGUUGUUGAUUUUCCGAAUUUUGAGAACGGUGAGUUUGGAGCACAGCCGAGUCAUGUGUAAGAGACAACAUAUUGGAAAGAAGACUGCUAUAAGAAACAUAACAACAUGAUUUAGGUGAUGAGAAUGUACUGGAACAUGGGAGAAGGCAGUAGCUUAUAGGAAGCCAAGAUGACAAGAAUUUUUUAAAAUAAGCAGGCCAAAGAAAUUUUUUAUGAAGAUACUAUUUAUAAACCCUUUCAGAUGAUCUUCAUAGGACCACACCCUGCAUUCCAAAAAACCUCUGCUGCCUGGACACACCCGCCAAACUCCUUGCUGGAGGCUUUGGGGUUGGACUCCAGCGCCUCUGCUCCCAGCUGUUCGCUCGGAGAGAUUCCGCUCGCCCGCCCGCCGCCCGGGGCGUCAGGCUCCCCGACACUGCCGUCCUCGCUAGCUGACCCGGCAGGCCGCGGGUAAGAAGCGGACAGGGGCCGCGGCUUGUCGCGUUUGCCUUCCCGGCGCCUGGGCAGGCGACAUGCUCCCGCAGCGCGCCGGAGUCGCGCGCAAACUUGGUGCCCCAGGAACUUUUUUGCCUCCAAGGAGGAGAGGCCGUGUUAUUCCUUCUUGGAUGAUGUAGUUCACUAAAAUUCUCUCUGGGGGAGGCGUUGUAGCACUCACAGAGGGUGGGACCUGAGGAAAGAAACUAUCAUACGCUCUCGCUUUCCUGAAAACACAGUACAGCAGCCAAUGCCAUUUCAUCUACUACGGCGAAGUAAAGGGAAUCUUCGUUUUUAAUGGAUUCUCCUUUAAUGAUCAGCAAUAGGCAAUACACCCGAGAAAGCUCAGCGCAGUUGCUGAAACGAAGGAAGAAUCUUCUUCAAAAAUGAGGUGAAUUAAUGCACAGGCACUCAAGAACCCUGCACAGCUACAUGAAGUGUUUAAAAACCUCUGUGACCACCUUGCCAAACAAAUAUCUGCUCACGAGGCCGACAGGAUGAAUGAGCCAAGGAGGAACGGUGUCCUUCCCUGUAGGAACAGUGACUGAUGACCUGCCGAGAGCAAGCUGGGGUCUGCAUGUUGUCUGCCAGUACAAUGAAGGAAGUGGUGUACUGGUCACCCAAGAAGGUGGCAGACUGGCUGCUGGAGAAUGCUAUGCCAGAAUACUGUGAGCCUCUGGAACAUUUCACAGGCCGAGACUUGAUCACCCUAAAUCAAGAGGAUUUCAAAAAGCCCCCCUUGUGCCGAGUCUCCUCUGACAACGGGCAGCGGCUCUUGGACAUGAUAGAGACCCUGAAAAUGGAGCACCACAUGGAAGCACACAAGAACGGCCAUGCCAACGGGCACCUCAGCAUUGGCACAAAUGUCCACGCCCCUAACAGCAGCUUCAACACGAAGAUCAAAGCCAACGGGAUGCCAAAUGGGUAUAGGAAGGAGAUGAUAAAGAUCCCCAUGCCAGAACCGGAGCGCUCCCAGUACCCCAUGGAGUGGAGCAAGACUUUCCUGGCCUUUCUUUAUGCACUUUCCUGUUUUGUUCUCACCACAGUGAUGAUCUCGGUCAUCCAUGAACGAGUGCCUCCUAAGGAGGUGCAGCCUCCACUACCGGACACGUUUUUUGACCAUUUUAACCGGGUGCAGUGGGCCUUUUCUAUUUGUGAAAUUAAUGGCAUGAUCCUUGUAGGACUCUGGCUAAUUCAGUGGCUGCUCUUAAAAUACAAGUCUAUUAUUAGCAGAAGAUUUUUCUGCCUAGUUGGCACGCUGUACCUGUAUCGGUGUAUCACAAUGUAUGUAACUACACUCCCAGUACCCAGUAUGCAUUUCAACUGUUCUCCGAAGCUUUUUGGGGACUGGGAAGCCCAACUGCGGAGAAUAAUGAAGCUCAUUGCUGGAGGUGGCCUGUCCAUUACCGGCUCUCACAACAUGUGUGGGGACUAUCUAUACAGCGGCCACACGGUCAUGCUAACGCUCACCUACUUAUUUAUCAAAGAGUAUUCCCCUCGGCGACUCUGGUGGUACCACUGGAUUUGCUGGCUCCUCAGCGUGGUUGGAAUCUUCUGUAUUCUCUUAGCACAUGAACACUACACUGUGGACGUAGUGGUGGCAUAUUACAUCACCACAAGACUCUUCUGGUGGUAUCACACCAUGGCCAAUCAGCAAGUGCUAAAAGAAGCUUCCCAGAUGAACCUCCUGGCCAGGGUGUGGUGGUACAGGCCAUUUCAGUACUUUGAAAAGAAUGUUCAAGGGAUUGUACCGCGAUCUUAUCAUUGGCCCUUCCCCUGGCCAGUAGUCCACCUUGGUAGACAAGUUAAAUACAGCCGGCUGGUGAACGACACAUAACAGCUGUACAAAGCGGGGGAGGAAGGAACUGCCCAAAGUGCUAAGAACUCCAUAAGAGAAGAUGCCAUAAAAAAAACAAAAAACAAAAAAAACACUCCCUAAUCUUAUUAUCUUUCAACAGUUACCUUGACUUAACCUAUUGAGUUACCUGGUCAGCACUGUGAUCUUUUUUUCUCUCCAAAGGACCUACGUUGGACAACAAUAAAGAAAAUUUAACCCAUCAUGCACUGUACACAUUUCCUGUUUAUAGGUUUGGGAUUUACAUAACCCGUGACCACCAUGUUCCUUUGUAUGUGAUGCAGCAGCAUAAAUGUAAGCUUUUAUAUCAUACGUUCUGGUCUUUCCAGUCACAUCUGGAAAUAAAGCAUAUUAUUUUCUUGGGAAAACAUACUUUUCAUAUCUCUUGCCCCAAAGAUUGGGCUGUAAGCCAUUUUCUAGCAAAUGUCUCUAUGAAGGUUUCUAAGUACCUGAAUGGGGUUCGAUUCUGAAGUCUCACUACCUGUUGCACCGAUAUGCAAAUUAAAAUGACAGACACAGAAAGGUUUGGUAACUUGGGGUUUUGUAAAAUCAGCAGCUACAGUGUGUCAAAAAGUGCAAAAAAAAAAAAAAAAGAUUCUGUUAUAAAGUGAUUUUCUAAGUAUUUCCUAACUUUAUUUUUCAAAAUGAUGUUAUGAAAACCAAAUUUAAAGAUUUUUACGUGUGAGAGAGAAGAGAGUUAACAUUUAAAAAUGCUUCUUGAGAGAGAAAUUUGUCUGUUUCUAGUGCCUUUCUUGUCUUGAUUGUAUGUUCGGUAGGCAAUCUUUAAUGUUUUUAUUUAAAAUAAAGUAUUCCAUGAAAAUACAAUGUAUGUAUACACUACUAAAUUUUGCAUUUAUAGCUAAAUUAAAUCAGAAGACUGCUUACGGUUUUUUAAAUUGCUAUGAAUUAAAGAAAAUGGGGGAGCAAAUUAGACUGUCACACCCCUGUUCACAUAUUGUGAGCAGGUGAAAAUGACAUGUACCACUUUAAAUUAUUUUAUCAUCUAUUUGGUAGUUCAAUUUUAACUAUACAACAAAAACAGCCAUGAAUACCCUUUUUUAAAAGAGAGUUGAAAAUGAUCACUUGAAAGCUAUAAGAAUUAGUUAUACUUACUUUCAUGACAAUUUUGUUGGUGAACAACAAAAAAGAUCUAUUUCUUUAAAAUAUAUUUGUGCAGAAACUGCAUGUAAUUCUAAGUUUUAUUCCUACCAUAUGUAUGUUUGGGGAAGUAUUCAUUCUAUAAUUGCCAAUGUGGAGAACAAAAUAGUUUUUUAAGAAUGAAGACUUAUAUAUCUCCAUUCUGUAUUUUAUGUGCAGCAGAGUUAUCUUCCAUAGGGUUUUUUUUUGUGUGUGUAUUCACAAAGUGAUAUUUGUAUUGUAAAACAAUAAUGGUGAAGGAAAUAAAAAGGCUUUUAAAAUUUUAUUUGUUUUAAAUCUUUGUAAAGUUAUUAUUCCACAGAGUAAACUGAUAUCUUACAGCUUAUCUAGAUCAUAAAUUAAUCAAAAUGCACUUAUUAAUAAAAACUGAUACUUAAAAUAA